AUUGAGAAGAAACGAGAAGGAAACAGACAGCAAAAUGGUCUUUGAGUCAAUCGUUGCCGAACUCCUCAACAAGGUGAUUGGUGAAUAUAUUGAGAACUUGGACUAUACGCAGCUUAAAGUCAGCCUCUGGGGAGGUGAUCUCGUGUUAAAUGACUUGUUAAUAAAAGAGUCCGCAUUGGAUGUGUUGGAUCUGCCAGUGAGAUUGGAAUAUGGCCGCUUAGGGAAAUUAAUACUCAAGAUUCCAUUCAAAGAUAUGUGGAAUGGUCAGAUCGAUGCGAUAGUAGAGGAGCUGUUUAUACUGGUGGUACCUACGAGUCAAGUUUCGUACAAUGAAGAGAAGGAGACGAAAGCGCGGUUGGAAGCUAAACGAGCGGAGCUCGAGAGGGUGGAAAAGAGGAAACAGUUGGCGGACAUAAAAUCGCAAGAGAAACUGGACGAUUCGAUGGUUGAGAAGCUGAUCGCUCGCAUGAUCAAGAACAUUCAUGUGGAGAUCAAGAGGAUUCACGUGCGGUACGAGGAUCAUGUCACCUUCAAAGAACAUCCGUUUUCCGUUGGCUUUACCCUCAAUACCUUUGUCCUCGAGAGCUGUACAGGCUCCUGGGAGACCACUGGCAAUCUCAAGGACAUGUAUGCCAUUCCGCAGAUCUUCAAACUGUGCGGUCUGGACGGGCUGGCCGUCUACCUCAAUACAAGCGUGGAGCAGUAUAGCAAGAGCUCGCAGUCCACGUAUUCCACUCUUUUUUGUAGUGGCAUCGCAACUAUGGACUACACUCCAACGGGCUACCGAUAUCUCCUAGGACCGAUCAAUGUCAAGGCCAAGCUCAAACUCAAUCCCAAGCCCGAAUCUGAUGGUAGCAACUACACUAUCCCCAAGGUAUGGCUCGACCUGGAGAUGCAGAAAUUACGGAUUGGCCUAACGAAGCGCCAAUAUCAGACCUUGGUGCGGCUGGGAGAGGGCCUAGAUCAGGCGAGGAAAGCCGCGCCGUAUCGGAAAUACCGACCAAAUCUGACAUCGUAUCGCGGCCACUACAAGGAGUGGUGGCAUUUCGCGUACACCUGCGUCCUCGAGGAGACGGUGCGACGGUGUCGUCGUAACUGGGACUGGAACCACAUGAAGCAGCACCGUGACACUUGCCGCGCCUACGCCGAGGCCUAUCAGACAAAGCUGACGACCAAGAAGUUGGCAAAGGAGAUUGAUGAACGGCUGACGGACUGUGAAACGACAUUGGACAUUUUCAACCUGGUGAUUAUUCGACAGCAAAUCGAAAUGGAAGUGGAGAGGCUAGCAGAGCGAGAGAAGAGCCUGAAAGCGAAGCGAGGUUGGUUCGGUUUUCUGUGGACCAGUUCGCAGGCUGAGGAGACCAAGGAUCUCAAUUCGGCUGCAGCCAUCAUGCGCAGAUUCGAAGAAGCGAUGACGCCGCAGGAGAAGGAGAAGCUCUAUCGGGCAAUCGAUUAUCAAGAGAAUAGCGCACCCGCGCACUAUCCAGAGACGUACGAAAUAAUUGACACACGUUUCCUUCUGCACGGUCUGCAAAUCACUCUGCUGGACACAGACAAGGAGCACCCAUGCGUCUUGGACUUGCAGCUACACGGCGUACGGACGGGCUUCAAGUCGCGGCCGUCUGCGAAUGCGAUCCUCGUCAGUGCCUCUAUUAGCGACAUGAAACUGCUGGGCGUGACGCAGAAUGCUCGCGUGCCUUCGCUCUUCAAUCCGGAACACGGCAGCUCUGAUAGCGCCCUGCUGUCGGUCUCCUACGAGAAGAAUCCGAUCGAUAAGCUGUGCGGUGAUCGUGUAAUUGUCAAGUCUCGAUCCGUCGACAUCAUCUACGAUGCGCAAACCAUUGUAGAACUGAUCGACAUGUUUAAGGUGCAAGACUCUUCAACGUUGAAUCAGCUGCAAACAGCCGCGGCAGAACGGUUGGAGGGCUUGAAGGAAAUGUCGGCGCUCGGGCUGGAAUAUGCUAUAGAAAAACAUUCGGUGUUGGACAUACAAGUGGAUAUGCAGGCGUCGCAACUUAUCGUACCGCACGGCGGUCUCUACGAUGACUCGAAGGCGUUAAUCGUCGUGAAUCUAGGUAGUCUAAAGAUGCAUUCCCUGGAGAAGGGCAAGAGCGACAUGGCUGGCGUUAGCGUUAAACAACUGGUUAGCAUAGGCAAGAGCGAAGAGGAAGUGUUGCUGCAUCUGAGGGAGCACAGCUACGACAAAUUCGUUUUGAAGAUAGUCAACUUUCAAGUGCUGGUCUCGCUGCCGAAUGAAGAGUGGCGAUCAGCUUUGGCAAGUACCGAGAGUUCCCUGACAUUGCUCCAUCCAACUACUUUGGAAGUUCAGUUCCACAAGUGUCUGGUGACGGACGAUCCUUUGUUGCCAAAACUACGGCUUCUUGGUCACCUGCCGUCAGUUGCCGUCAACAUAACGGAUGUUCGACUACUGCAGGCACUCUCGAUCGCGCAGAGCAUCUCCCUACCCGAGGAGGAAAAACCAGCGGAAUUGCAGCGUAUCUCUCUCUCCAAAUCCAUUUCGCAGUUAUCGCUGAAGGAGCUCGGCAGCACGAUAUCGAGCAUCGCCGACAAGAGAAAACAGCAACAGGAAACCGCUGCCGUGUCGAUGAAGCAGACUACUGACUUGGAGAUGAAAUUCGAGAUGAAGGAAUUUAAGCUGUCAGUGUCCAGACAACGAGACGACGACGGCGAGUCAUCGGAAUUCAUCAGAUUCCAGGUGCUGCAGCUGGAGGCGGAACUGCUGCAGCGUACAUACGAUCAGGUGGUGCAGCUGCGACUGGGCGGCGUGCAGAUCCGGCAGCUCUACGAAAAUCAGGACAUCUUCAUGGUUAACACGCCGAUGUCGGCCGGCAGGGACGAGUAUUUGGUCGUCGUGCAAUAUGUCAACGUGAACAAACGCUCGCCAGAAUUUGCCACGCGCCACGGUUCUGUCGUGAAGCUGCUUCGACUAGAGUUCACCUCGCUAGACACGCUGUUACAUCAAGAAGCGCUUAUCGAGCUGCUACGAUUCAGUACAUACAUUCAGGACCGAAUGAGCUCGCUCGAAGGUGCUCGGAAGAAGGAGGUCGAGCGCCCUCGGCCGAUCCGUUUGACCUCCAUCCAGGAAGAGAGUUCCGGUUUCUUCAAGGAGCAGCUACAGAAGCAACGAUUAAGACCCCCUGGGCGACGCAGGAAACAAACCGUUGAAUGCAUCGAUCUAAAGGUGAAUGCCAAGAUCGGCUCGAUCAAUCUAAAGAUUUCGAGCGCCGCCCGGGACAUUACCGCGCUCUACGUUGAGCGUAUCAGCGUCAACUUUCUCAGCAAGUCUUCGUAUUCGCAAGUGAACGCCGAUCUCGCCUCCAUCAGCAUCAAGGAUCUCAAUCCUGCUUCCGUGUACAAGGACAUCGUGGCUGUGGAAGGAUCUACCGAGUCUUUGCAAAUCCAAACGGUGAUAUACAACAUCGAGCACUGGGAAAUGGACAAGAACCACAUGUCCGUCAAGGUUACGAUGGGCUGCCAUCGCAUUGUCUUCCUGAAUGCUUUCGUUGCCAGCUUUAUGAAUUUCCUCAACAACUUCCAAGCGGCGCAGAAAGCUAUCAAAGACGCGUCGGCGGCAGCGGCGGAAGCCGCAAAGACAAACAUCAAGGAUGUUCAGGAGAGUGCUUCGCGCAUCGAGCUGAGUAUCAGGAUCAAGGCGCCCGUCAUAUACGUGCCGAUGAAUUCCAAGAACGAGCACAGCUUGAUGCUAGACAUGGGUAAUCUCGUGAUACGUAACGUCUUCAAGAAGCUGGACGUGACGAACGAGGAGACCAACGAGUGUCCCGUGGUAGAUGAAAUGAAGAUCGAGCUGCAAAACUUGAAGCUAUCUCGAGUUCGGCUGAACACGGAGAGAUUUACCAGCGAGAACGAGGUGCUGCUGCUCGAGCCGGUAACGUUUACGCUGCUGAUGAAGCGCAAUCUGUCGACCGCCUGGUUCACUGCCAUACCAGACAUCGAUAUGUCGGGCAGAUUGAACAGGAUCAAUCUGCUGUUGAGCAAAGAGGACUACGCUACGAUUCUCAAGGUGCUGGAGCAGAAUCUGGGCGAGACGUUCGAGGACUCGAAACCCGUGCAGCAAGCCCUGCCUGCAUCUGGUCAAGUCAAGCCCGAAUGCGGUGAGCUCCAGCCGGCGUACAAAUAUGAGAUCGACGCGUCGCGAGAGGCACCAUCGGCGGAUGACGCGCAGGAGCGGCACGCUCACACGUCCGUCAAGUUCGAGUUCGUAAUGGACAGUCUGGUGAUCAAUCUCUUCACCGGCGGCUCCAAGUUGCUGCAGUCGCAAGCGUCGCCGCUGCAUCUGCCCGAGCAUGGAUUGGCGCGCUUCAGCCUCACGCACUUUGCCGUCAAGGGCCGCGUGUUCGCGGACGGUCUACUGGCCACGUCGAUCCUGCUGAUGAACUGCACGCUAGACGACACGCGACAGAGCCGAGAGGGCUCGCUGGUGCGGAUCAUGGAGAGGACCAGCAGCGCCACCGCGCCUGGAUUGUCAGGAGGGCCGAGCGAGGAUCAGCUCGACAAAGGACGACACGCCAAGUACGGCCAGGCCAGGAGUAUGCUGGACGUGACGGUGCGCCAGAGCCCGAACGACACGUUCGUCGACGUGCGAGUUUUCUCUUUCAGCAUCAUCGUAUCCCUCGAUUACCUUAUGAAGAUCAAGGAUUUCUUCGAUGCGGAUACCGCGCCGAACAAGACGGCCGUUGCUGCCUCCUCGAGGACCGAAUUGGUGAUGCCAAAGAAGAAAGCAGCGCAACAGCAGUCGGCGGCUGCUUCGACGGCCAAGAUGUUGACUGUAAAUCUGCACGUGGAAAAGCCGGAUAUUAUCCUACUCGAGGACAUGGACGACAUCAAUUCGAAUUGCAUAGUACUGAAUACAGAAUUGUUGCUCAAGGUACGCGUAAUGGGGGAGCACCAGGUGAUCGCGGGUUCCAUUAAAGACCUCUCGUUGCUGACGGGGAUAUACAAUCCUGCCAAGAGGGCCGACUGGAUCUAUCAGGUCUUGAGACCGUGCAGCAUCAGCGUAGCUGGCUCCACGCCAGAAGGCAAAGGGCUUCAUUUGGAGGUCUGUUGCACAGACGUACACGUCUCCGUUUCGCCAGGUGUAAUCGAGAUAUUGAACAAGGUCAUUCACACGGUAACGAGAAAGGAGGAGGAGGACAAGGAGAUUGUUAAGCCUGAGCCUAAUUACGAAGGAUUGUGGAUCGUCACUCCCUUUGAAGAGAAUAAUUAUUGGUUCUUGAAAACAGAAGUCGCGAUGGAAGCGCUCGAAGAGAUUACGUAUCCGGCCGACGCGGACGAGAUCGUGGCGGCCUACAAGCCCGAAUUGGCGAUCGUCUCGGCGCCGACGAUCUUGUUCACCCUGGAGGCGGGUGUCGGCAACAAAACUCUGCCCAUGUUGCUGCUUCACCUGGGUUUCCAAAGCAGUGUCAACGAUUGGAGCACAAAAUCCAUGAGCGUAGACUGCACAAUGUCGAUGAUCAUGGCGUAUUAUAACAGCCGCCUCGCGCUCUGGGAACCGCUGAUCGAGCCGAUAGAAAGCUCCGAUAACGGCAAACGCGCCUCGACGCCGUGGGAACUGAAAACGAAGAUCCAAUUUAACGACAUAACGCUAGACUCGAGAGGUGCUAGUGCGAUCAGCCCCAUCUCGGAGAGCGAACCCGAGGAGCUGCACCAGUCUACUAAGAUGUCCAUCGACGUUACGUCCUCUGAUAAUCUCGAGAUAACUGUGACCAAGACGUGUCUGGAUGUCCUCAAACAACUCGGACAUUCCUUUUCCUCGGCUAUGGAGGCCAGCGGCAAAGGGCCUACCAGGAAAAUGGCGCCGUACGUGCUCAAGAACGAGACCGGUCUGGCGAUAAUACUCGACCUCGAGCACAGCCUUUUCAAGAUUUUUGACGACGGAUCGACAACGCGAGACCACAAUGAUUCCUAUAUGGAGGUAAUCCUUGAAACUGGCGCGUCGAUAGAGCUCGCACCCAAGACGUCCAAGUUGGGUGACGCGCGUCUUCUCGAGCAGUUAAAAGUAGAGGCGGUGAAGGAUAGAGAAGACAAUAAAUUUUCCAUAUCUUUCAAAGGUAUUCAAGGCAAACUGGCGAUACCUGUGCUGAGGGCGGAUAGGAGAUUCUUCUCUCUGAAGCACCGGAAGGAAGGCUCCGAAGAAUGGGGUAUCAUAUCAGACAUCAUUGUGGAGGAGGGGAGCACGAUCGUUACUCUUCGAAGUGUACUUCAGGUCCACAAUCAUUUCGCGCAGCCUAUAUCUGUUUAUUACAUGACAAAACGUGGAAAUGAGGUGGAAUGUGUAGGUACAGUCGCACCGGGAGAGAAGCUCAACUUACCUCUAGAUGCCGUGUACACUCCGAUCAACAUUUAUUGGCUGUUUUUCAGUGUCGAUGGAUAUAUGGUAUCGGUCGAGCCAUUCCUCUGGAAGAACCUGCAGAAAACUGUUUCCAUGACGAAGCUAUUAAAGUGCGAGUCGCGAACCAAACGGGACGCCACAGAACCAUUUUACAUACAGGCUGUAGGAGAGAUCGAGCAGGUGUAUUUCGAGAAUACCACUCGAUACACUAUGGCUAGUACCGUUUACAACGUACACCUGUACCCAUCUGUGUACCUGAAGAAUUUCCUACCGAUCGACAUCAUUAUCUGCUUGCCUGGCACCGCUCAGGAGAGCUUACUCGAAGCAAGUGCCUCUCUGCAACUUCCUACGAUUGAUCCAGUCAAAUCAAAUAUAAUAAUCAAGCUGCCCAAUUACCUCGAAAAAGAUUGGUCGUGCAAAGGAGAGAUUGUGGCAAACCCACCGGAGUUUGCGGUAUGGUCGUUCGAGUCUUUCGAUAGCGUGCAAAAGGUGAUCCUGGAUCUCGGGAUGCACACGUCUUACAAGCACAGUUCGAUCGUCAUGGCCUUGUACUGUCCCUUCUGGAUGCUGAACAAGACUGGUUUAAUGCUGUCCUACAGAAAGUCAAGUAAGGGUGGCAAAGAGCACUCGAGUCCGAUCAAGAAAUUUGUUUCCGCUAUGAACCCCCAUCGGCAACGCGCACAGUACAGGAAGAGGAAAACGCGCGCGACUACGGACGAUUAUCUAAACGUCUUGUACCACCCGGAGCACUUUAAGGGACCUAUUCUGUUUUCGUUCCGCUCCAAAGCCUUCUUCGGCAAGAAGAAAGCCAUGAUCAGAGUGGAGGAUGGAGAGUGGUCUGACAAAUUCUCCAUCGACGUCGCAGGUAGCGAGGGUGUGGUAGCCUGCAAAUACAACGGAAUGAUAUAUCAGAUUGGGGUAAACAAUCAACUGACGUACAACUCGUUGACCAAGCAGAUUACGUUUACUCCCUACUACAUACUUAUCAACAAUGCAGAUUUCCUCAUAGAAUGCCAGGAGGGUGAUCGACCGGCCGAUCCGGCGGUUAAAGUGCCUCCUGGUGAAUGUGCGGCCUUGUGGCCCAGAACCGAGCACGAGAACAAGACAUUGAAAGCCAAAGUCGCAGGUCAGCCUGAGAAAACUGCGGCGUUUAUUUAUACCGACAGCCACACGACUCUGCUGAAAUUGGACAAUAAGUACGGAGGGAUCAAUGUAGAUGUACAAAUCAGCGAGGGCGGCGUUUACAUCUCCAUGUCGGCCUACAGUCCAGGCAACGCACCAGCUUUGAUCGUCAACCAUACGCCACAUGCCAUUAAUCUGUGGGAAAAAGGUUCGAUUAAUGUUAGGUCCGUGCAGUCGUAUAACAGAAUGUUUUAUACGUGGGAGAAUCCGGCAGGCCCGCGAAAACUGGUUUGGGAGGAUAACAACGGCAAGGACAUCGAAGACAAUCUUCGCAAGGAUAAUCUUGGAACCUUCCAGCUGCCGGAUGUAGACGAGAAACUAUUCUACGUCUCGUUCCUGGACGGUACUCAGCGAGUGCUGCUGUUCACUACAAAUCUAAAGAUCGCCGAGGAUUGUCAGCUGGCCGGUGACCUGGAAGUGAUAGAUCAGGAAAUCACGCUGAACAUCCAUGGUAUUGGAUUCUCUCUCGUGAACAAUAUUACCAAAUCCGAGUUGCUGUACAUGUGUAUUGCCAGCUCGGGAAUUAUAUGGGAGACGUGUAAAUCCCUUGGCGGUCGAUGGCGAGCGUUAAAUGCCAAGGAAGUCUAUGCAAUUGAGGAGGGAUAUCAACGGUACAUUAGGGAGUUGCAAAUCGGCAAAGAUGCCGACUAUCGGAUGAUGUUGGAGCCGAAACUAAUGGUGGAUUAUCUAAAUAUGGAGAUGCUGAGGCCGCAUCGUAGAUAUAUGCGACGUACAUUUCAGACUGGGCUUUGGCUACAAUACCGUACCUCGAUGCAUCAAGUACAGCUGCAUGCCAAGAUCAACAAGCUUCAGAUUGAUAAUCAGCUGUCGGAGUGCGUAUUUCCAGUUAUACUAGCUCCAGUGCCACCACCAAAGAGCGUCACGCAGAGUACAGUGAUGAAACCUUUUGCGGAGCUCAGCAUGGUCAAGCGCCUAUUGGAGCACAGCACCGUGCAGCAAUUCCGAUACUUUAAGGUUCUCGUGCAAGAGUUUCACAUCAAAGUGGACAUCGUUUUCAUAAAUGCAAUAAUGAGUCUGCUCGAGGCGAACGAGGUCAACGAUGCCGAGGAGAGCGCUUUAUUCCGCACGGACAUGAGACUCGUUAACGAACCGUUAAUGUACCACGUUAAUCUCAUCACCACGGCCGAGCAGAAGAACUUUUUCGAUCUGCUGCACUUUUCGCCUCUCAAGAUACACAUUAGUUUCUCAAUGACCGGAAGCGGAGGAGGACCAUCGGCGCUGCCGCAAGUACUUAAUGUGCUGCUGCAAGGAAUCGGCGUGACGCUGACGGAUAUUAACGAUAUUGUGUUCAAAUUGGCGUACUUUGAGAGAAACUAUGUAUUCAUGACGCACAAGCAGCUCGUUUCCGAGGCGAGUACUCAUUACGCGGGCCAGGCGAUCAAACAAGCGUAUGUACUUGUGUUGGGACUCGAUGUGAUCGGCAAUCCAUACGGGCUCGUGAUCGGCACCAUGAAGGGCAUCGAGGACUUGUUCUACGAACCCUUCCAAGGGGCUAUACAAGGUCCAGGGGAGUUCGCGGAGGGCCUGUUCCUCGGAGUGCGCAGCAUGUUGGGCCAUACUGUCGGUGGAAUGGCGGGCGCUGUCUCCAAGAUUACAGGAGCGAUGGGCAAGGGUAUAGCUGCUCUGACCUUCGACAAGGAUUAUCAACGAAAGAGGCAAGAACAGCUCAACAAGCAGCCCGCUAACUUACAAGAGGGUCUCGCACGAAGCGGAAAGGGUUUAGUUAUGGGUGUAGUCGAUGGUGUAACGGGUGUAGUAACGAAACCCAUAUCGGGCGCGAGGGAAGAAGGUGUAGAAGGGUUCUUCAAGGGAUUUGGAAAGGGUGUUGUUGGACUGGUUACCAGGCCUACGGCUGGUGUUAUCGACUUUGCAAGUGGUUCCUUUGGAGCUGUCAGACGAGCCACCGAGCUGAGUGAGGAAGCAAGGAGAGUACGAUCGCCUAGAUUUCUCCAACCGGACAGUCUUGUUAGACCCUACAUAAAGGAUGAAGCCGAAGGCAACAAGAUAUUGAUGGAAUUGGAAAAGGGGAAAUAUGCGCACACGGAUGUUUAUGUCUACCAUGUAUUCAUUAACAAAGACGUGCUAUUACUCACUGACAAAAGAUUGUCGUACGUCGAACACAGUGACUUGUUUGGUGGUUGGCGGGUUGACUGGAGUUACACUUGGAACGAAUUGAGCGAAGCAAGAGUCGUAGAGAAAGGUGUACAGAUUGUUCUUAAAGACACUAAUAAGAGAAAGAAACUCAGUGGUCUAUUCGGCAGUGCAGACCAGGCAAAGAUACUCUUAAUAACGGAUCAUAAUGUUAAACAACUGUUGUGCGGUAAAAUACAGGAGCAGGUUAAUCAAUCCGGAAUAUAACACAGCAACUCACAAACACGAGAAAACGUGCUCGAACGCUUUCGAGCUAUAUAGGAAAAGUAAAAAGGCAAAAGAAAGAGCAAGCAAGCUUCAUUUCCGAGCGAACACUGCGAGCGAGUUUGCACAAUUUCUAUGCACAUUUUCUACAGACACUGUUUAUAAGACUGAUACCGUGUAAUCGCAACAAUCAGAUAAACGCUAGUUAAUGUAUCAAGUAGCGAAAGAAACCGUGUGGAAGAGUGUAUAUACGGGAUCUUUUUCAUACACUUUAUUAUACAAAUGUUCAGAGCUCGUUCGCGGUAUCGGUAUCAUUGCCGAACGAACAACGUUAGAUCGAUGCGAAGGAUGCGUCACAUUUGUCAAAUGAAGUCGAAAACGAAAUAUUAAUUACGUAACUUGAAUCGUUUAGUCGAGUAUAAGAGAGUUACCGUUUACUACGGUCAAACAAAGUUUAAGACGUAAAAGUAACCUGUUGUAAAGAAGUUGAAAUGAGACAAAAUGACAGAAAAGUGAAUCUCAUUUUGACAAACUGAAUUAAAACCGUACAGUAAAAUUACUCCUACGUACUUGUGUUGAAGUAUUAUGCAGAUUUUUUAAGAAAAUCCGGUGAACCGGUAUUGUUUUGUAUUUAUAGAAAGUUAAUUUUACACAUCACUAACAUGCCGUAUUGUUAAUUACAUCGUAACGCGAGCGUCAUCACUCAGGUGAUAUAUAUAUAUAUAUAAAUUAAUUAAGUAACGCGCUUAAUUAUCUUUCUGCUGAUGGUAUCCGGUGAAAAUAUUAAAUAGGAUUUACCACGAAUGCCAUUGACGCAAUCGAUUAGAUGCAUUGUUAAGACGUAAUAAAUUUUAUUACUGAGCUUGAACGCCUAAAUGAUUGUGCAUCGGUGAUAUUUCUACCUCGUUUUAUUCUUUUUAAUACUAGUUAAUAAUUAGAAGUGUAACAAAACUUAAGUUAUAUAAUAAUUAACGUAAUCGAUCUUUGUAACUAAUUUGAUUUCGCUCGAUUCCGCGAAAAGUUUUAAUUGAAACCAAAGAUUUCACCCGUGCGACGACGCAAUUGUUACUUGUAUGUGUAUAGUGUACACACUGUGCUUAUUACGUAUUGAAUUAAUUGAACUGUACAUAGAGUUCUAUUGCAGCACUUGGACAAUAAACUUACAUUACAAC